AUGGCCUCAUCUUGUUUAAACGACGGCUCCUGGGGUCCAGGCGUCAGAGGAUGUCGAGGCGAUUUCGACUUUACGCAGAAAUUUGAACGCAUUUUCUUUUCGAUUAUUCCGACUGUUGUUUUUAUUGCUGCGGCUAUUGGAAGGGUUGCUGUUUUGGUGCAGAGGGAGAGGAUUGUCAAUGGGAUUGUUUUGCAAUCAGUUAAAACCGCGUUUUUGCUCGUGUUUGCUGCUACGCAACUUGGCGUCUUGGUUCUUAUCGCAACUGGAACUGCAGGGAUCGUUCAUGAUCUCUCCCUCGCAGGAUCAUCACUUGCAUUCAUCGCAUCACUUUUUGCAUGCGCACUAUCCUGGAAAGAGCACUCAUGUGCCAGAAGGCCAUCUACACUAUUAAACAUAUACAUUCUCCUUACACUAUUGUUCGACAUAGUGCAGGCUAGGACAGCAUGGCUUCUCAUCAGCACCUCGCAUCAAACCAUCCAAGCCCGGCUCUUCACAGCUUCUGUCGUAGUAAAAGCUGUUAUUCUCUGCCUUGAGACGAUUCCCAAGACGAGAUGGAUUCAGUGGAAUGCCGAUGAGCAUAGUCCUGAGGAGUCGAGUGGUGUAUUCUCUGUGGGUGUCUUCGCGUGGUUGAACAAGUUGUUUAAGAGCGGCUACCAAAAAGUACUGAAUAUUGAGGAUCUGUAUCCUCUUGAUGAAGAGAUGGCGUCGAAUAGGCUACAAAGUCAGUUCGCCAAACAACUCCGGAUUCAGAGAUACAACCAGGAGCCCAGGUCGGGUCUGCUGAAGGAUCUGGUCAGGACACUGACGGGACCUUUCAUCCUCCCCAUUAUUCCUCGCGUCGCUCUCAUCGCCUUCCAAUACUGUCAACCUCUAUACAUCGACGCAACACUGGCAUAUCUACAAAUUCCGGAAGAUUCAUCAUCGAAAAGCAUAGGCUAUGGUUUAAUCGGCGCCGCGUUUCUCAUCUACGCCGGUAUAGGAGUCUCCGCAGCCUUCUAUGGUUACUACCAACAAAGAGCCGUGUAUAUGAUUCGCGGCUGUCUAGUGGCUGCUAUUUACCAAAAGACAACGCAGAUGAAGAUGACGGCUGCUGAUGACUCUGCUGCUUUGACGCUCAUGAGUUCCGACGUCGAACGGAUCCUUCGAGGUGCAGAGAGGGCUCAUGAUCUUUGGGCAAAUCCUGUACAGUUAGCAAUCGGAUGCUGGCUUCUUUAUGGAAAGAUAGGCGCAGCUUUUGUUUCCCCACUGGUUGUUAUUGCAGUUUGUGCCCUUCUACUGUCAUGGUUGAUCUCGUUGGUCGGCAAGAGACAGAGUGAGUGGAUGGCAAAGAUCCAGAACAGGGUCGGAUUAACUGCCAACGCAAUUUCUCAAAUGAAGUUGUACAAAAUCUCGGGUAUCGCUGGCCCUGUGGCUGAUCUGAUCCAGACUCUUCGCGUGGACGAGAUCAAGGUUGGAAAUAGCUUCCGUUGGCUAUUGAUCCUUGCUGCGGUACUGGGCUUCACACCAUUCACCAUCUCACCUGCUAUCACUUUCGCUUUCGCAUCUAAGGACUUGAGCGUCAACACACUCUUCACUUCCCUAUCAUAUAUCCUCCUUUUCACGACCCCUGUUGUUGAACUCUUCCAGAGUCUUCCGGGCAUCUUUGCAGCUCUGACUUGUAUAUCUCGCGUCCAGAGAUUCCUCGCAGCUGAACCACGCAACGACUUUCGAACCAUUUCUACAUCUAAAAAGAGUACAGAUGCUUUUUCCAUUGAGGACGGAUGUUUUGGAUGGGGAGGAGAAAAGAUGACCUUGAAGGACAUCAACACUUGCAUCCCCGCUGAUAAACUUACCAUCAUCGUGGGCGAAGUCGCCAGCGGCAAGACAACGUUCUGUCAGGCUCUUCUCGGCGAACUUCCCGUAUCUUCAGGCACGAUUAAGACAUUCGCAUCUUCUCAGCGUAUCGCAUACUGUUCUCAGUCUCCCUUUUUAUACAACGGCACUUUCCGACAAAACAUCAUCGGCCACUGCGCUUUUGAUCAGACCAAGUAUGAUGAGAUCAUUGAGGCUACGAUGCUCUCUCAAGACGUCGCCCUUCUACCUCAAGGUCACGACACUAAGAUCGGAAGUAACGGAAUUAUGCUCAGCGGCGGUCAGAAACAGCGUCUCUCUGUAGCCCGAGCCCUGUAUUCCGAGGCAACUUUGAUGAUCUUUGAUGAUAUACUCAGCGGUUUAGACUUGGGCACUGAAUCAGAGCUGUUCCGUCGCGUCUUCGGACCAGGAGGUAUUACAAAGAGGACAAAUGCCACGGUCAUUGUGUGUACUCACUCAGUGCGACACUUGCCGUUGGCAGACCAUAUCAUUGCCCUCGGCAACAGCACGAUUAUCGAACAGGGAAACUUUACGGAGUUGAUGAACAAUAACAAGUAUGUUCACAGUCUUGGGGUCAAAUACAGAGACACAGACUCCUCUUCGGACGAUGAACAGCCCGAAGCGAAGGCGGUUGCAGUUUCUCCCCCGGCUGCUGCACCGGCCCUUUCUAGCCAAGCAGCAGAGGACAAGGCAAGACAAACAGGCGACUUUUCCAUCUACAAGCAUUACUUCAAAAGCGUCGGAGCAUGGGCAGCCAUCGCUGUUGCUUUAUCAGGAAUGCUGGCCGGAGCCUGUCUCAGUCUCUCAAGCGUAUGGAUGAAGUUCUGGGCCGAAGACGCCUUCGAGGAAUCUUUCGCCUUUUACGUAGGUAUCUUCGGCCUCCUACGAUCAGGUUUUGUCAUAUUCCUAUUCUGCAACGGUUGUAUCACCUUGAUUGGUAUGACUGCUUCCGCAGGCACGGAGCUUCAUCAAAGAGCUAUCUACACUGUUAUUUCUGCGCCGUUGAGGUUCUUUACGACUACCGAUACUGGCGUUGUGACGAACCUUUUCUCGCAGGAUAUGACACUCCUUGAUAGUGACUUACCCCUAUCCUUGACCAAUUUCACAUUGGAUAUUUCGAAUUGUGUUGGGUCUGCAUUUGUGGUGGCUUCUGCUUCGCCAUAUCUUGCUAUUGGAUAUCCCUUUUUGCUUGUCGUUAUUUAUUUUAUUCAGAUGUUUUAUCUUCGCACUUCGAGGCAGAUUCGACUUCUUGACCUCGAGGCGAAGAGCCCGCUAUAUACGCAUUUUACCGACACCAUGAAGGGCAUUGCUACCAUAAGAGCUUUCGGCUGGGAAAAGAACGACAUACUACACAGUAACCAACUCCUCGAUACUUCUCAACGACCAGCUUAUCUCCUAGCGAUGAUCCAGCAAUGGCUAGCUUCUUCACUUCGCCUCAUCGUCGCAGGUAUUGCUGUUGUUCUCGUCGCAUUGGCAACUCAACUUCGAACUAACGCGGGUUUGACUGGUGCCAGUCUUAUCUCCCUGUUGACUUUCAGCGAGUUUCUGUCUGAUGUGAUCAAGAGCUAUACUUCUCUUGAGACGUCCCUGGGCGCUGUGAGCCGGUUGAGAUCCUUCAGUGAGACUGUUGCGACGGAGAAUUUGCCUGGCGAAGAUAUUGAGCCCCCUGAGAGUUGGCCGCAGAAUGGAAACAUUCUGAUCGACAAGGUGUCUGCUUCAUACGAAAUGGAUGCUGAUAGCCAAGAUGAGACCGAUCUCAAUCUUGUCCUACGAGACCUUGAGCUCAACAUCCUUCCUGGACAGAAGGUUGCAAUCUGCGGCCGCACAGGAAGCGGCAAGUCUACUCUCAUUCUCCUACUCCUACGCCUCCUGGACCCUCUUCCCUCUUGCGCCACAAACAUACAGAUCGACAACGUGAAUCUGCAUCAGAUCGAUCGUGCCACUCUACGCAGACGCAUAAUCUGCAUCCCCCAAGACGCAGUCUUCCUCCCAGACGGCAACUCCAUCAAAGCCAAUCUCGACCCCUACAACGCAGCCACAGACGCAGAAUGCUUCAACGUCCUCCAAACCGUCCGUCUAACACACUUCGUCAACGAUAAAGGCAGUUUGAACGCGGGCAUGAGCGCCGAAGAUCUCAGCGCGGGUCAAAAGCAGCUAUUCAGUCUCGGCCGGGCAAUCCUGCGCCGUAGAGUCCGUGAUAGAGGGGAGAAGAACCAGGGUGGGUUGCUCUUGUUGGAUGAAGUAAGUAGCAGUGUGGAUAAAGUCACGGAUAGAGCGAUGCAGGAGAUUAUUAGGGAUGAGUUUGAGAGAUAUACUAUUGUUAUGGUUUCGCACCGGUUGGAGAUGGUUAUGGAGUAUUUUGAUAGGGUUGUUGUGCUUGAUAGGGGGAGUGUAGUUGAGGAUGGAGGGCCGAGGGAGCUUGUUGAGAUGGAGGGAAGUCGGUUCGGAGAGCUUUGGGCUGUAGAGCAUGAUGGCAAGUCGGAGUAA